AUGCAUACAUGCUCUCGGGUGUCACGUAAUGGCUACGCUAGCACAAGAGGCACAAAAAGGUUAGUUGCAUCUUUGGUGAAGGAAAAGUGUGCAAGUCAGUUGCAGACCACAACACCAGCUGAAAUUAUGACUUUACUUCAAACAGAGGUCGGUGUGUCAGUGUCUUAUGCUACUGCAUGGAGAGGGAGAAAUAUAGCUCGUAAUGAAGUGAUUGGGGAUCUAGAGGAGAGUUUUUUGUUGCUGCCUUCUUACUUAUACAUGCUGGAGCAGGCUAAUCCUGGAACAAAAACGAAAUUGUUUUUAGACGGUGAAGAGAGGUUCAAGUACUUUUUUGUCGCCAUUGGACCUUGCAUCGAAGGGUUUAAAGGAAUGAGGAAAGUUAUUAUUGUAGGUACAACAUUUCUGAAGGCUGGCUAUAAUGGUGUUUUAGUUAUUGCAACAGCUCAAGACCCUAAUCAUCACCAUUACCCUUAUGCAUUUGGUGUUAUUGAUGGUGAAAAAGAUGCAAGUUGGAAUUGGUUUUUCGAAAGGUUGAAAACCAUUUUUCCAGAUAAUGGUGAGUUGGUUUUUGUAACUGACCGUAAUCAAAGUUUAGUUAAAGCGGUUGGUGAAGUGUACCCGAGGGCUCAACAUGGCUUUUGUAUAUAUGAUAUGUCGCAAAAUGUGAAAUCUCAUGUUUAUUAUGUGAACAAAGAGGAGGCCGCUGAAAAAUUCAGAGAGUGUGCAAGGGUGUACACAGAAGUUGAGUUCCUGCAAAAGUAUGAUGAAUUUAAAAAGAGGUACCCAACUGCUGUCACUUAUCUUGAAAAAGGGCAGGAAGAUGGCACAGAAACCAUCAACAGUGUGAAAUACUGGGCAAGAUAUUAUUUUCCCGGUAAAAGAUACAACAUUGACACUAGUAAUAGUGUAGAGUCGAUAAAUGAUGUUUUUAAGAAAGCUAGGAGGAAGGAGGCUGCAUUUGGUCAGGUGACAGAGAAAUUAGUGCCUUAUGUGGAGAAUAUAUUGCACUCGAGAUGUUUAGUUGCCAAGAAAGUAGUUGUUGUGGAACUAAACAGUUUCGAGUUCAUAUACAAAGUUGCUGGAAAAGAUGGAAAUGCUUAUGUGGUCCACUUGUUACAGAAAACUUGUGAGUGCAAGACAUAG